GAUGAGGAUAAAAGAAAAAGGAGGAGGAAAGGGCGAAGAGGAAAGAGAAGGAAGGAGGAGGAGAGAGGGAAGAAGGAAAAGGAAUAGAAGAAGGCAGAGGAGGGGAAAAUGGAGCAGAACCAGGCGGAGUCGCCCCUGGCGGCCUGCGGAGGGAGGCCCGCCUCCUGCCUGCCUGGGCGCUGAUGCCGCAGUGCUGUGCGGCGCCUCUGGGUCCCGUCAGGGGGCGCUCGUGUCCCCGGGCUGAGGCGGCUUCUCGAGGAGUCAGUCAGAGAGCGGGCCACUGAGGAGCUCGCCUUUCCCGCGGAGUGGAGCAGAGCGGAGCGGAGCCAGGGCCCGAGCCGGAGCCGGAGCAGGAGGCGGAGGAGCCCGGGCCCUCGCGGAGCUGGCCUUCCCUGCUCGGCACCCUCGCUCCCUGCCCGCCAUGCAGGCCCCGCGGCGGCGCCUCCUGAGGAUCAAGGAGGGCAUACAGAAUCAACUCAGCUAGCUGAUUGUGCAUUAUACAUCAUGGAUAGACAUUGGCUCAGCUAUUUUUUAAUGCAUGUAUAAGAGAAAAAGGUUCAGAUACGAAGCUGGGUGUCAUUCCUGACAAAUGGAGAACUAUUUCCAGGCAGAGGCUUAUAACCUUGAUAAGGUUUUAGAUGAAUUUGAACAAAAUGAAGAUGAAGCUGUUUCUCCUACAUUGUUGGAUGCAAAGUGGAAUCAAAUUCUAGAUCCUCCUUCUCAUCGGCUGUCUUUUAAUCCAGCUCUAGCCAAUGUGAAUGAAUCUACAAUUGCUAAUGAAUGUCCACAGAAAUUAAAGACUUUGUCCCUAUCUCAUUUAGCCACUGGAUCAAGAGGUAGUGGUCCCCACUGUUCCAAUGGAAAGAAUCUUAAUAUGAACCAAGAAAUCCCAAACAUGUGGAUUGAUGAUCAAAUGACAACAGAGGAUCAACCAAUAAAGAGAAAUGGUAAUCAGAGUACCCACUGUAAUGUUGUGGAUGAAGCAGAGAGAAAAUGUGGCAAUUGUUUACCAGAGGGAAAAAAUGUUGUAGUUGUAGCUGUCAUGCAUAACUGUGACAAGAAGACAUUGCAAAGUGAUUCAUUGGAUUGUAAAAAUCACAGUGAUCCCUCCAUAAUGGAUACUGUUAGCUUUACACUGGAUAGUGAAACCCAAGAAGCUGAUCACCUUGAUGUUACUAUAAAUGGGUCUACUGAGAAAGAUAUGGAUACUGAAAAAGAAGCAGUACGACCAAGGAGGCUGCAUACAGAAGAAGAUUCUGUUAAACAUUGUAUUGCUUCUGCUUCUGAUUGCUUAUCCAGUGGCUAUUCCUCUUCUCUGUUCAAAGAGAAAGAUAACACAAAUAAAGACUUCGAGUUCUCAGAAACUGCAGCACCAGGGAUGAAUGUAUUUCCCUUGCAGAGAUCACUUGAUCCUAGCAUUAAAAUUCAAGAAAGUUGUACAUCAAGUGAGGGUUUUGAUACUGAUGUUGCUGCUCAGAGAACAGAACGAGAAACUAGAAACUGUUCACAUAGUUCAUGCAGUGGGGAUUUGUCCGUGGAAGCAGAGCAGACAGCCCUGCAGUCUCAGCCAGGGAUAUCUGAACUCUCUGCAAAUUGUCAGCUUAAUGCAUUUGAAAGUGGCAAUCACUGUGAACAUUCUGGCAGGCAUUUGGAUUCUCAGGCUCCUAGUGCUCUUGAAAAUGAAACUGACAAAGCUGACAAAUCUGAAAAUAUUCUCUGCACAACCGACUUGCUCAAUAAGACAGUUUGUUUAUCAGAAUCUCAGGAGAUGGCAAAUGGUGAAUUGACUAAACAAAAUGAUAUGAGUAAUAAGCAAACACAGGGGGAGAAUGAAGGACAGCUACACACAGAGGAAUUUUGUGUUAAUAAUGGAGAUGGCAGUGAUAGUUUGACAGAAGCAGAUGUUGACUUAAAGCAGGUAUCUAUAGAUGAAUCUGGAGAUCCUAGUCCCACCGACGGCACUGGAACAUCAGUAUCAAGAGGUCUGCCUAACUGUUGUGAUUCCUAUGGAAUACAGAACUCAAUUCUUACUCAUAUUCCAAAGACUUUGCCCUCUAAGGAAGACUCUGUGACUGAGGAAAAGGAGAUAGAAGAGAGCAAAUCAGAAUGUUAUAGUAAUGUUUAUGAACAAAGAGGAAAUGAAGUCUCAGACAGGAGUGGACUCAUUUUGAAUUGCACUGGUGACCAAAUGAAAAAAAAAUAUUUACAUAAUUUCUGUAAUCAGGUACCAACGGAAGCAAGUCAAGCAUCACCAAAACCAGCAGCUAACCUGCAACCUCUCAGUGUUCCUUUUGGUGGUGCCCGACCCAAGCAGCCUACAAAUCUAAAAUUGCAAAUUCCAAAGCCAUUACUGGACCAUUUACAAAAUGACCUUGUUCCCCCAAAUAGUGUUAGUAACAGUAAAAAUAAAAAUGAUAUAUCUGGAAAAUCAAAAGUUUCAGAAAACCCAGCAGCAAACGUAUUUUCUGAUGAAACAUCACUGAAUGCCUCAGUUGUGGAUAUUGUGGGGGAGCAUUCAGAUGAGUCUGAGCCUGGGGUUUCUAGCAGUUCGUGCCUUGCCUCUGAUAGUCCAGACAAUGACCUUGGAGCUGGCCAGUUUGGAGCUCCUACAAGAAAGCCAUUUACUACUCUGGGUGAAGUAGCUCCAGUGUGGGUUCCAGAUUCUCAAGCACCAAACUGCAUGAAAUGUGAGGCCAGAUUUACUUUCACUAAAAGGCGACAUCAUUGCAGAGCCUGUGGAAAGGUCUUCUGUGCAGCCUGCUGCAGUCUAAAAUGCAAACUACUAUAUAUGGAUAGAAAGGAAGCCAGAGUAUGUGUAAUUUGCCAUUCGGUUCUCAUGAAUGCACAAGCCUGGGAAAACAUGAUGAGUGCCUCAAGCCAGAGCCCUAAUCCUAACAAUCCUGCUGAGUACUGUUCUACCAUUCCUCCCUUGCAGCAAGCCCAGGCCUCUGGAGCCCUGAACUCUCCACCUCCCACUGUUAUGGUUCCUGUGGGAGUCUUAAAACACCCAGGGGCAGAAGUAGCUCAGCCUAGAGAACAAAGACGUGUUUGGUUUGCUGAUGGGAUCUUACCCAAUGGGGAAGUUGCUGAUGCAGCAAAAUUAACAGUGUCUGGAACAACCUCUACUGGAGCACUGGCAGUCUCACAUGAUCCCAGCAAGCCCAUGAGCAACAAUGCCUCGCCAGUAGAGGCUGAAAGCACACUGGCAUUUUCAAGAAGUAAAACUCAGGUUGGAAGUCCAGUUGGCAGUGCAAUGAAUCUUAUUCCAGAAGAUGGGCUUCCUCCAAUUCUCAUUUCUACUGGAGUAAAAGGAGAUUAUGCUGUAGAAGAAAAACCAUCCCAUAUAUCUGUGAUGCAGCAGCUAGAAGAUGGUGGCCCUGACCCUCUUGUGUUUGUUUUAAAUGCAAAUUUGCUAUCCAUGGUUAAAAUUGUAAAUUAUGUAAACAGAAAAUGCUGGUGCUUUACUACAAAGGGAAUGCAUGCUGUAGGCCAAUCAGAAAUAGUAAUUCUUCUACAGUGUUUACCUGAUGAAAAGAGUUUGCCCAAGGAUAUUUUCAAUCACUUUGUGCAGCUUUAUCGUGAUGCCUUGGCAGGUAAUGUUGUAAGCAAUUUAGGACACUCGUUUUUCAGCCAGAGUUUUCUCAAUAGCAAAGAACAUGGUGGUUUCUUGUAUGUUACUCCUGUGUAUCAGUCACUACAGGACUUGGUCCUCCCAACCCCACCAUACCUAUUUGGGAUUCUUAUCCAGAAAUGGGAGACUCCUUGGGCCAAAGUAUUUCCCAUCCGACUGAUGCUGAGACUUGGAGCAGAAUACAGGCUGUAUCCUUGCCCACUUUUCAGUGUCAGAUUUCGUAAGCCAUUGUUUGGAGAGACUGGACACACCAUUAUGAAUCUUCUUGCAGACUUCAGAAAUUACCAGUAUACAUUGCCGGUUGUCCAAGGCUUAGUGGUUGAUAUGGAAGUAAGGAAAACCAGCAUCAAAAUUCCCAGUAACAGAUAUAAUGAGAUGAUGAAAGCCAUGAACAAGUCGAAUGAACAUGUUCUGGCAGGCGGGGCAUGUUUCAAUGAGAGGGCAGACUCUCAUCUUGUAUGUGUGCAGAAUGACGAUGGGAAUUACCAGACACAGGCCAUCAGCAUUCACAAUCAACCAAGAAAAGUGACUGGGGCCAGCUUCUUUGUAUUUAGUGGAGCAUUGAAAUCAUCUUCAGGCUAUCUGGCAAAGUCCAGUAUUGUAGAAGAUGGUGUUAUGGUCCAAAUAACAGCUGAAAAUAUGGACUCCUUGAGGCAGGCUUUGAGGGAGAUGAAAGACUUCACUAUUUCUUGUGGUAAAAUAGAUGCCGAAGACCCUCAAGAGCAUGUGUACAUUCAGUGGGUAGAUGAUGACAAAAACUUCAACAAGGGUGUUGUGAGUCCCAUUGAUGGCAAAUCUAUGGAGUCUAUCACAAGUGUAAAGAUAUUCCAUGGCUCAGAAUAUAAAGCAAAUGGGAAGGUUAUUAGGUGGACAGAGGUUUUCUUUCUGGAAAAUGAUGACCAACAUAAUGGCCUAAGUGAUCCAGCAGACCACAGCCGGCUGACUGAGAACGUGGCUAAGGCUUUCUGCCUGGCCUUGUGUCCUCAUUUGAAGCUGCUGAAAGAAGAUGGGAUGACCAAGUUGGGUCUCCGUGUUACACUUGAUGCUGAUCAAGUUGGCUAUCAGGCUGGGAGCAAUGGUCAGCCCCUGCCUGCUCAAUACGUGAAUGACCUGGACAGUGCCUUAGUUCCAGUAAUUCAUGGAGGAGCAUGCCAGCUGAGUGAAGGCCCAGUGAUCAUGGAGCUUAUAUUUUAUAUUCUGGAAAACAUCUCAUAAGAGGACUUCAUUUUCUGUUCAGACCUGUUCCAGUAGCAGUUGUAUCUGAAUCAUUUGCACUUUAAAACUGGAAAAUUAAGCUUUUUGUUGACACUAUUAUGAGGGGCGCUGGGGAGGGGGGGCGUGAGAACAGUUGUUCCAUAAUUCUGAAUCGUCUAUGCAUUUGUUAACAAACAGGAUCAGGGCAGCUUCAAAAUGGCUAUGCUAUCUUUGCAGUUAAUACAUUUCUGUUACAGAUUAGAAACAUGACGGCCAUGUUGAGACAAGUGUAGUCAUGUAUUCAAUGUUAAACGGGUGCAGAGAUCAUGGGGAGAAAAUGUCAACAUUUAGUGUGUUUAGAUGAACCUAUUAUGAAGAAACAAUCAAGACCUCCAUUCUGACCUCAUACUGCCAUUUAUGGUUAAUUUCUCUAGACAUUAAAAAAGAAUCGUUUACAUUAUUUUGACCAGGUUAUUGGUCAAAGUACCUCCAAGGUAUGUUGGGAUAUUUCUAUAGUAGGUGUACAGAAAGAAGGCAGCAUGACUGAGGGUAUCUUUUAACGCCUGCCCCAAACAAAGCAGCAAUCUCUCUAAAAGCUAUAUGUAAAUUAAGCUUGCAGUUUUGUGUGUAUAAAUAGGAUAGUUUUGCCUUCUUUUUCCUUAACUGUGAAACUGUCCCUACUUCAAACUGAUAGUGUGGCAAACAUCUGCCAUUGUGAAUUUUGGGGAAAAUACAACUCAAAAACAACCAUGGCAUGGGAAUUGUUAGCCUUAAAGAGCAGUUACAUGGAAAUGCUGUUUUCUUUCCAGAUGCUCCUGCUUUUUUAGAAAGGGGAAUGUCCUUCCCUGGUUUUCCCGAUUGGUGUGCACUGUAUCUACAUGAGCCCUCCCAUUAUGCCUGCACUUACAUAACACUUUAUAAUCAUAGCACCACACUAAGCUCGCCUGUGAGAACUACAGUAUAACAAUUUGGUGGCCGUUGCAUGUUUUGCUUUCACUUCAGGCUGGAAAGCUUGUGCUCUGCCGCCUCAAAAACUGACCUUCACCAGGAGGGCAACCCCAAGUCCUCUUGCUGCAACUUGUGCAACUGGCAAGGAAGGUAAGCGGAGGAAUGUGAACACAUUCCCAUUACAUGGAGUUUCUACCCUGAAAAUCCUAUAACUAAUAAGGGACAGCUAGUCAAAGAGUAAGAAAGCAAAUUUAGGCUUCAAGCAGAGAUGACUGCUUCUAUUGAGACUGAUUGUCACAAAUGUAGAACUUAAUACAAGUCCAAAAAGUAAAGAAGCAGGGGCAAGCUUAGUAGAAAAGAUAAAUAGCAGUUGUUACAGUCCUGUUGAAUUUUUAAAGAAAGCCAAUGUAUAUAGCAGUGGCAGCUUUGAUAGUUACCUUUUCUCUGUAGGUAGAGAAGUACUGCGUAGUCAAGCUCAUUGUUGAGCCAGUUGCUCCUGCUUGCCUAGGAGUAGUAAAACCCUUGUCCCAUGGCCUAUUGUAAACCACAGCUAGACAUUGAGGGACACAAGGGUAUUAAAUCUAGGAUCCAAAUGAAAGGUUAAACGAAGUUAAUUUUGUUAAAUCUGCAUUAUUGCUGGCCACUUUAUCUGAAAACAGUUCUUAGGCUCCUGCAAAAGGGGCUGAAUAUUGUGUCAUGGGAUAUGGGUCAGGCAUGAAUAGGCGCCACUGAAAUCCUUUGUAUCCCAAGGAUUCUCAGCAGUUUAAAGAGACGUUUCGUGGGCUUUCUUUUCCUUGCAUAUAAACUCAAGUUGCUUUUAGGAUUUCCUUUCUUCAGCGACAACGUUGAGUUUUCUGGUACUCUCCAACAUCAAUUAAAAUUUGCUACUUAGCAACAGCAGUUUCCUACUUCAAGAGACGGCAUCCCGGUUUCAUCACAGAAGCAGCUUUUUCAGAAACUCAGUUUUGCUUUAAAGUUACUGAAGCAGGGAGGAAAAAAAUGAUUUUUUUCUUGCUCUUUCUCCUUGCAGAAGACCACUUUGUUAGGGUUAUGCUGGCGCAAAAUGCUAUUGACUGACUGGUUUGCUUCAACCAUAGCCUUUAAAAUGACCUUAAGAUUACCAUAUUGUUAAGAAAUGAGUACUUGUUUAAAUAAAAAAUGUACUUUUAAAAUUCAGUUAACACUGCAAAAGACUGCAUAUUAUAUUUUUAUUUUCAACAUGUAGUUUUGUAUAUUAAAUUUAUUAAAAUUUAAAAAAAACCCAGAA